AUGACGACAGAAGGUCCACUUCAAGUAGCUGAAAACAACAGUUUCUCAAAAAACCACAUUUCCACCCAACAGCAGCUACUUUACUUUUCCCAACGUGAGAAUUUUGCAGGUCCAGGAAGCACCGAUCAGCAGCAAUUACAGCAACAGCAGCAACAACAGACAGGAAACCUCAUGCGCGGCUACUCAUUCCUUGCCGAUCAAAUCUACCGGUCCGUCUCAAAUCCCCUCUACAAACUCGUGCGGACUGUAGAAGACACAGUUGGCGCUGAAUCCACUAAUAAACAACCCGAAGAUUCAUUUCAAAAUGGUUACCAAGGCUAUCAGACAACCCCCAGUCUGAAAUUCGAGUCUAGUGGUAAUUUUGAAGGCGAAAAUGAUUGGGCAGAAGCUAAUCACUCUACCACUAAUGCUGACAGCAGUGCCGCGGCCUACUACCAACAGCAACAUUUCGACUCUUCGGCGGCGAAUUCGGGCACUUCUACAUCGCCACCAAUAAAUCAUGAGGUAUCCUUCCCACCAGCAGGCAACAGCACUGCUGAACUACCUUCCUGUCCUGGAUGUUGCGUUCCUCCCGCCGCUACACCUCACCAAACCAAUGCCUACCCAGAAGCUGGGACAGAAUUGAACAACAGUCUUUGUCUCGUAGACCCAAUGCGUGCACUUCCACGCUAUUUUACGACAGGUCUCUGGCCUCCUGUCAUCAAUCCGGCUAAAUUGGAAUGGAAUGGUGGGUCUGGUGUAAGAGAGGAUGAUGCCCGAUUGUUGGACAUGAACCGUAUCUACAGUGAUGGAAGCUACCGCAUGACUGGGGGUGCUGCAGCUGCGACUGUCUACCCGGGUUAUGUAGGGGGUGUACAGGACACAAAAGACUUUUUUUUCACUCCACGUCAUUCAACUGCCGGAGAUGCAGUCUUUCGACAUAAAACUGAGGUGCACCGAUUGUCAGUCGCGGCGGCGGUGUCGGCGGUGGAUUGUGAUCCGCAAGAAUUAGAGGCCUUCGCGGAACGAUUCAAGCAGCGGAGGAUCAAGUUGGGCGUAACACAGGCGGAUGUUGGCAAAGCGCUGGGUCGUCUAAAUCUAGCUGGGGUUGGAUCUUUCUCCCAAUCAACAAUUUGUCGUUUUGAGUCGCUCACACUGAGCCACAACAACAUGCUUGCGUUAAAACCCAUCUUACAGGCGUGGUUGGAUGAGGCGGAACAAGAGGCAGCAGCAAGACAAAAAAACCCCAAUGCCUAUGACAUGGAGGAGGAUGAUAAGAAGAGAAAACGCACCUCUAUUACGGACCCCGAGAAACGAUCAUUGGAGGCGUUUUUUGGGAUUCAGCCGAGGCCUUCGAGCGAAAAGAUUGCCCAGAUCGCAGAGAAAUUGAAUCUUAAGAAGAAUGUGGUGCGAGUGUGGUUCUGCAACCAACGGCAGAAGCAGAAAAGAAUGAAAUUUUCGACGGUUGGACUGCUGCAUCAAGUGAAUGGAAUGUGA